CAGCCGUGGUGAAUCAAACCGGUCCGGAGUCGCGCGGCUCGAUUCACUUCAAACGAGUCGGCUCAGUGAAUUGAAUCGUGAAGGAUGUCGGUGAUGUGUGGCUGGAGCUGAGGCGCGGCAGUGGGCUGGGCUACAGAGGGAUGCUCUCUCUCUCUCUCUCUCUCUCUUUCUUUCUCUCUCCUUACAUGAUUAAAGCUUUUAGUGGUGAGCCAUUAACGGGAAGAACCUCGGUUCUCAUCGGAAGGAGGAAGAAAGGGGAUUAGUUUCAUCACGUGUGUUGUGUUUGUCAGGAUUUGUGCUCUGGGCUGCAGGUGGGGCAGGAACACGAAUACAAAGGCCAAACCGGAGAGGAUGCUGUAAGCUGUGUGCUCCAGUCCCGCCCUGCAUCCUUCCUUCCCUCCCUCCCUCUCUCUCUCUCUCUCUCUCUCUCUCUCUCUCUGUCUGUCUCUCUCUGUCUCUGUCUGCGUCUGUGAAAGAAGAUGAGCACGUCUCCCACUCCUAAAGGGACGCCGGUGCAGCACAGCCCGGUGGACGGGGAGUGUGUGGUGAUGGACGCGGUGCAGUCCCCGCCGCAGCAGGUCACUCCGACCAGCGGCUCGAAGCAUCGCAUCUCCAGCCUUCUGCAGAGUCCCUCGUUCCAUGAGGAGUUGGACAUGUUGAUUCAGGAGCAGAUGAAGAAAGGUGGGAGUUCGUCCAGUCUGUGGGCUCUCAGGCAGAUCGCUGACUUCAUGGCCUUUCACGGUUCUCCUGCUGCACUGCCCUCCUCUGUGACCAUGGUGACCCCCAUUAAUGACCUGCAUGGAUGGGAUACGGUUGCCAUGGUGAAGGGGGAGCGGCUGAUGCGCUGUAAGUUGGCGAGUGUUUACCGGCUGUUUGAUCUGUACGGAUGGAUUCAGCUCACUACGACCCGGCUCACGCUGCGUAUCAGUAAAGAGCAGGAGCACUUCCUGGUUCUACCUGACGGCCUGACCUAUGGCGAGGUCACUGCUUCGAACCUGGUGAAGGUGAAUAUCCUUGGCGAUGUGAUCGAGCAGGGCAGCACUACAUUAGGAGUGGACGUUUCCGCCUUCAGCCUUUACUCGGCCAUUUACUCCGCCCGACCCGACGUCCGCUGCCUACUACACCUCCACACCCCCGCUACAGCUGCUGUGUCAGCCAUGAAGUGCGGCCUCCUGCCGCUGUCCCAUGAGGCUUUGCUGGUGGGCGAGGUGGCGUAUUAUGACUACAACGGCGUGAUGGAGGAGGAGGAGGACAGAGUGGACCUGCAGAAGAGUCUCGGGCCCACCUGCAAGGUUCUUGUCCUGAGGAACCACGGCUUCGUGGCUCUGGGAGAAUCGGUGGAGGAGGCCUUCUACACCAUCUACCACAUCCAGACAGCCUGUCAGAUACAGGUUUCGGCGUUGUGCUGCGCUGGAGGAGAGGAGAACCUCAUCAUGCUGGACCGGAACACUCACAGACCGAACCCCGCCGGCACCGUGGGCUGGGCCGGAUCCACGUUCGGACCCAUGCACAAGAACCGACUCGGAGAGCACGAGUUCGAGGCGCUCAUGAGGACCCUCGACAACCUGGGUUACCGUACCGGAUACGCCUACCGCUUCCCCGUCCUCCUGGAGCGCACCAGGACGCGCAGAGAGGUGGAAGUUCCCGCCACCGUCACCUCCUUCAGCUUCGACGACGAAGGAAAGCGAGUGCAAGCUCGCCCUCAGCCUCACGCCCACAAACAGCAGCUGGAGAAAACAAGAUGGCUGAACACUCCUAACACUUACCAAAAGGUCAACCAGGACCAGGCGAGCCCCGGCCACCGCACCACGUGGCAGCGGACGGACGAAUUGGCCCAAAGCGGCGGCACGGCCAUCAAGAUCGAAAACCCCAACCAGUUCGUUCCUCUCUUCACCAACCCACAGGAGGUUCUGGAGACCAGGAAUAAGAUCCGAGAGCAGAACCGUCAAGACAUGAAGACGGCAGGACCGCAGUCUCAGCUGUUAGCCGGCGUGAUCACAGAGAACAGCCCACCGUCUCCCGAGAAUGUUGAGCCUCCUUCGACCCCCGAGCCGGAACCACCGAACCCGUUCAACGAGCUGACGGAUCAGGCGCUGGAGGAAUAUCGCAAAGAAGUCCAGCGCAAGCAGCUCGCCGUGGAUGGUGAGGAGGAGGUGAUGAACGAUAUGGGGACUCCUCCCCCUGUUUCCUCUCCCACAAAAGUCCCCUCCCCCACCAAACCACCUGCAUCAGAGCUGGACGGGAAAACCACGGUCCCGAACGGGAAGGAGGAGGACGAGAAGCAGCAGGAAGAGCUGGAGAAAGGAUUGAAGGCCCUCUCCACCAGUGACACGUCAGAAAGCGCGGUGGUCCCGCCCACCGCCCCGCCCACCAAACCUGUGGGCACCACCCCCGAAGGCUCUCCCUCCAAGUCCCCGUUCAAGAAGAAGAAGAAGUUCAAAGCGCCGUCGUUCCUGAAAAAGAGCAAGAAGCAGAAGGAGAAAGCCGAGACUUGAGCGCUCUCUCUCUCUGUUUCUCUCUCUCUCCCUCACUCACACACACACACACACACACACACACACACACACUUACACAGACACGUCUGCCGUUCGGGAACUCCAUUAACACUCAAUGUGUAUCCAUCUGUUUGUCCAUGAAGCAUUUUCAGAUGAUUGUUUUACAACAAGAUAAUUCUCACCACGAUCUGACUAACCCCCCCGUAAAGAAAGCUCCGGAAACGAGCUCUUCACACGCUUUUUAAAACCAUAUUACACUCGGCACGAGCAUAUUAGACGAGAACGUGGCAUGAAGUUGGCACUUUGUUGAUUUUGAUUGUUCGCUGACGGUCAUAUUCACAUGUACUUGCACAUGUAUGAUUCUACGACGUGUAAUCAUGUUUCAUCUUUACCGACUCCGAUGCGGCUUCCUGUUCACGUUUCACGUGGUUAUGAAUAGAAUAUAUGAACAGAAGAAAAAAAAAACCACCAAAUGAACAUGACUUUGGCUUGUAUAUGCAACGAAAAGCCCGACUUUAAAACAGCACUCAGACAUUCCACUUCCUGAAUUUUAUUUUAUAUAAUCGAUGACUUUCUUUUGCAGUUGUAAUUAUUUUUACGAUCAGUGACUCUUAUUUAAUUGCCUUUGUGUGUGUAUAUGUGCUGGUUUGAAUCCAUGUCAUGUUAGAAUGUAAAGUGAUAGCCUGAAUGCUAGGUUGUACCAAUCAUUAAAAAUCAUUGAAAAGAA